AUGGGCUCUGGCCAGGCGUUGGGGCCUCCUCCAAUCACCGGAGAUGAGAUUGCUCGCAUCCUUCGAUGCAAUCUAGUGCAGGAAUUCGAGCGCCUGCGCGGAGUGCCGGGGUUUCAGCUGGACCCCGUGCCUUGGGAAACAACCAGGAAGCUAGUAGAGGAGAACACCGCAGAGUCUCUCGGCAAACUAGGACGCUCGCCUGCCGGUUCUGUUAUUUACUGGAAGUUCAAAGGAACGAUCGACAAGGAGUGGGUAGGCGUCGCGGAGUACGUGCAAUGGAAUAUCUUCAAAUUUCAGACAGAACUCACAGAAGAUGGAAGGAAGAAGGUCAUCGUGCCGGAGCCGGACAGAGAAAACCCCACCAUAGUCUGGCGCCCAAACGAUUUCCCAUACAACUUUGAGGAGGGCAUGGAGCACCACAAUAUAUGGAGCACCGUUCCUCUGUCCGAAGAGGAGGUCCUUAAGAUCGUGGACCAGCACAGGAGAGGCUACGAGUUUGUCUGGUUCACCAACCCUCUGCCGCUCGCAUCAAUCCCUUCGGUGUGGCACGCGCAUGUGAUCUCGCGGCCUGGCACCGACAAGGAUCGGGCGGUGUGCGUGCUCAUUAGAUAG